AAUAUAUAGUUGCGUACCCGCCGCUGUGAACCACCGUCUACUUUCUAACUUGGGCGUUUAGCCCCGCUUGACUCCCGUUUACCUUACUUUUCGCACAUCCUACUCCCCCAUUAGUGACUGGGGAGUGUGUUUGUAUCCCUGCCUCACAGUGUCGACUAUACUCCUCAAGUACCUGCCUUGCUCUCGCUUCUAGCAUGCCAGUGAGGACAAGAAACCAAGUAGCGCUGCAUCGUGAUCGUUCCGACCACAACGACCAUCAGCCUCUUUACAAACUUCCCCCUGAAAUCAUUUCCGAGAUCUUCCUAUAUGGCCUCCCGGAUGUCUUACCAGCUAUGAUGAAGAUGGCCCUGGAUUCAUUGAGUGAUCUGUGGAAUGAGCGUAUACGCUAUCUCACCUUGAUCACAGGCGUGUGCGCGCUGGUUCGAGGCGCCAUCUUGUGUGAUCCUUUAUUUUGGAACGUGAUAGGAUAUGCGCAUAAUCGGGGUCAAGAAACCCUGGUGGAGACGUAUCUGGAAGCGAUGUCUGUAUUCAUUCGGCGUUCAAGAAACGUGAACGUGCAUCUCGUCUUGGUUGACUCCGACCCGUUUCGCCUGACAAUUGGUGUGGAAACAUUGCAAAAGCUUCUUUAUCCCAUCCUUCCCCGGUGCUCUACCCUUGUGUACCGAGCUUAUUCUCCUCUUCCCUUCUUCCCCCUCCCUGGGAAGUUGAAGGCCCUAAAAACCCUUGUGAUCGCGGCAGUCGGGCUUCAUCGUGAUGGAACGUAUUUCCCAAUUUUUGACGACCACAACCCGGGUUGUUCCCUCGAAGACCUCGGUUUAGAGACUUGGUGGUUCGAUAAGGAUAACAAGACUUUGGGGGGGAGUUCGACCUUUGCUUCUGUGCGUACUCUGACUUGUAGCUUCCAGAAUGGGCAUCUUGUGGUCGACUUGCAUGUUGAGGGCUUUUGGAGCGGCUGGGAUUUUGAUAUCACCACUCAAACACCACGGGAAAAACGUAUCAUCAUUCCAUCCCUAAUCUCGGCUCAAGUCGCACUCAAUGCGUCCCAUGGGUUCUUCCAAUUGGUGAAUGCUCCUCAAUUACAACAUCUGUGCCUCAGUCCCUUCAGGCCAACCAAGGCAUUCCCGUUUAUAAGCAGUCGGAUUCUCACUCUUCAUCCGAGCCUGACGACAUUCCCAAGUUUGAAGACGAUCCGCAUCGAUAUGUCGACGUGCCCCGCAAAGGUGAUGGAGAGAUUACUAUAUAACGGGACCUCGCUUGUGAUGAUUGAAAUGCUAUCGGCCAACCUCUUCACUCUCGAUACCUUUCUAGACAUCCUUUCAAACAGCAACACGGCCCUUCCACUUCUAUCCUUUGUUCGAAUCGUGUGGACAUUUGAUUGGCGUGAAUCACUCCACUCAUAUCCUGUUUGGGAAAAGAUCGCGAAGAUUCUGAUGAACUCCAAGGAAAGAAAGAACGUUCGGAUAGAGCUUGUUCGAGAUCCUGCCCAAUGGGAUGCCCGUUACAUAGACGAUUCGUAUCCGGCUUCGUUAGCACCGCAGAGAAUAGAGAAUGUGAAGGGGAAUGUUCAAACUGUUGAACCCCUGCACAUGAGAUAUCAAAGGCUCUAUGGGUCUGAGGCGUAAAUCCAUUCGUUCUGAUGGUUGUUCGUAGUAGGUUGCGAUUUGUAGCUUUGCUCGAGAACGGCUCGUAUGUACUGGCCGACAUGCCAUGUCACGAUGACUGUCAUCAGCACCCUCGGGGCAUUCACUCCGUUUUGAGGCAAAGUAUCCAAGCUUGGAUAUUAC